AUGGGUUGCGGAUUGAACAAGUUAGAGAAACCUGAUGACAAACGGCCUGGAAAUAUCUAUUCGACGUUGAAGAGGCCCCAGGUGGAAACCAAGAUAGACGUGUCCUAUGAGUACCGCUUCCUGGAGUUCACCACCCUGAGCGCCGCCGAGCUCCCACGGGCCUCGGCCGUGAGGCUGACCUCCCUCCGUGACCUGCCCGCCCAGCUGCUGGAGCCGUACCAGCAGGGCUUCUCGCUGGUGGCCCUGCACCCCUUCGUGCAGCCAACCCAUGAGCGGGAGAAGACGCCCCUCGAGCACAUCUUCAGGGCCAUCCUGAUCAAGAAAGCCGGCAGAUCUCAGAACACUGAUCUUCACAAUGAAGGCUACAUCUUGGAAUUAGAUUGCUAUUCUUCCCUAGACCACCUGACAGACCAAAAAAUCAUCCCAGAGUUCAUUAAGAAGAUCCAGGAGGCUGCGAGUCGGGGCCUGAAAUUCGUCGGGGUCAUACCUCAGUACCACUGUCCUGGGCACUCGGCAGGUGGCAGCCCCCCAGCGGAUGCCCAGGAUGUGACAGAGGACCCUGGCAGGUGUGUGGCUACAGAGAACCUGGGGGCUGCCGACGCUCCGGUGGGGAUGGACAGAAGCCCAGAGCCCAGCCAGGGCCCGAGAGGGGAGGUGCCCACCGCCCAGCAGCCCGGCUCGCCCUCGGGAGCUGGGGUUGGCACAGAAUCCCCUCCAUGCGGGGUGAGCGAGACUCUGGAUGGACCGGAUGGGGACCCACUGGAAGGGCAUGGAGAGCCACUCUCUGGAAAAAUGGAGAUUUUCGCCCUUUUCAACAAACCGAAGAGCCGUCAGAAGUGCCGGCAAUAUUAUCCCGUCACCAUUCCCCUCCGGGUCUCCAGGAAUGGCCAGACGGUGAGCAGUUUGGAUGCCAAUUGGCUGGAGCACAUGAGCGACCACUUCCGGAAGGGCGGCGUCCUGGUGAACUCCGUCUUCUCCCUCGGCUUGGUCAACGAUUCCUUACACGGCUUGACAGAUGGAGUAUUCAUCUUUGAAGCAGUUUCCACAGAAGAUAGCAAAACCAUGCAGGGCUACGAUGCUAUUGUAGUGGAACAAUGGACGGUUCUGGACGGUGUCGAGGUGCAGACAGACUACGUGCCCCUUCUGGCCGCGUAUGGCUGGCAACUCACCUGUGUGCUGCCAACUCCUGUCAUCAAGACAACGAGGGAGGGGAAAGUAUCCACCAAGCAGAUUGUCUUUCUUCAGAGACCGUGUCUACCUCAGAAAAUCAAGAAGAAGGAAUCAAAGUUUCAGUGGCGAUUCUCCCGAGAUGAAAUGCACAACAGGCAGAUGAGGAAAUCCAGAGGUAAACUCUGUGCCAGAGAAAAGCAGCAAGCAGAGGAAAAUGAGAGGAAUCUAGAAGACCAGUUUCCCAAAGCCGGAGACAUGGAAAACCGUGUGCCGGGGCUGCAGCAGGAGGACUGGGCCCCCGCGGAGGUGAAGGUCCCCGUGCAGGCGGAUGUCCCGGGAGAAAAGCUGUGUCCUGACGGCCGGCUCUGGGUGGAGGCUGGGGCCAUGCAGAAUGGUCCCUUUGGCCACAGCCCCGCCCCGGCAGGGGGCUGCAUUGGGCACCCCAGUCCUGAUCCUAGAGAGGAUGCCGGGGAGGGGGAUGCUGAGGCGGUGGCUGCAGAGCCCGCAGCAGCAGAGGACAACUGA